CGCUGAUCCUUGAGGGGUUUUCCCAGGCUCUGCUCUGACACCUCAGCUCGCUACCCAGGCUAGGCUGCCUUCAAACCGCUGACGGAGAGGUUCACCGGGAUGGCAAGUCCCCUGGAGCAGGCUCUGGCCACGAUGGUCUCGACCUUCCACAAGUACUCGGGGAAGCAAGGCGACAAAUACAAACUCAGCAAGGCCGAGCUCAAGGAGCUGCUGACCAAGGAGCUUCCGAGCGUCCAGAGCAAGCAAAUGGACGACGCUGAAUUCCAGAAGAUCAUGAACGACCUGGAUGUCAACAAGGACAACGAGGUGGAUUUCCAGGAGUUCGCCUGCUUCUUAGCCUGCGUGGCCAUGAGCUUCAACGACUUCUUCAAGGAUCAUUGCCAGAAGCAGCUGCGUAAGAAGUGACCCCAGACGCCUGCGGG